AUGCUCACAACAGCACCAACACCCACCCACCCCGGCCGCUGGACAAUCACCCGCUUCGGCCCCCCAAGCGUCCUCCAGUGGCAAACCACCUCUCCCCUCCCAACAACCCUCCCACCCCGCAAAGCCCUCCUCCGCAUCCUCGUCGCCGGAAUCGCCGGCCCCGAUAACAUCCAACGAGUCGGCGGCUAUCCCAACGAGCGAUGCCGCACGCCAGGUUUCACGCCCGGCUACGACCUGGUGGGCGAGAUCGUUGCCUUGGGCGAUGAUUGUGGGGGUUUUGCGGUGGGGGAUCGAGCCGCGGCGAUGUGUAUGAUCGGGGCGCAUGCGACGCAUCUUGAGAUGGAGUUUGGGGAGUUGUUGGGGUUGGGAAAGGGGGAUGAUGUGUUGGGUGUUUGUGCGUUGCCGUUGAAUUAUAUGACGGCGUGGGGGAUGUUGAGGAGGUGUGGCGUAACCCUCCCCCCAAAAUCCAGCAUCCUCAUCGGCUCCGCGGCAGGGGGCGUCGGCACAGCCAUAGCCCAGCUCGUCAAAACCUUCAACAUGGACCUCGAGAUGAUCCGCACCUGCUCCCCGUCGAAGUUCGACUACGUGCGAUCUCUAGGCGUCAGACCCGUCGACAGGAAAGAUCCAAACUUUUCUCAAGCAGUCCGUUCUCUAACAAAUGGUCAAGGCGUGGACGUCGCCUACGACGCCGUAGGCAGCGUGGAAAGUCUCUGCCAAAGCCUCAAGUCGACCAAAGACGGAACAGGCCGUCUCGUAGCCAUCGGGAUCAUGGGCGAUAUUGCUAGCGACGGAAGUGGGAUGACUACUACAGCAUCAGCGGAUGAAAUUCUUGCUCAGCGGUUGGGGCCGAGGAUGACUUACUGGGGCGUGGAGAGGGCGUACUAUCAAGAGACAAACGACGUCUGGCGACAAGACUUUUAUGAGAUUUUGAAGAAAGUUCGGACGGGGAGCUGA